AUGAGGGCAGCUAGGGAAGUAAAAGAAAUGGAGGAGUGUCGCUAUCAGGCCCGGAAGGACUGCAACGAUGUCAACAGAGUUCUACUAGACCUCAACCCUGAGCACACAUACAAUUUCCUAUUGGCAGAGCUGUCGUCGAUGAACAUGGACCUGUUCAGUUAUAAUCAUGCCCGAUAUGUGUCACCAUAUCCAGUCGACGGGACAUUCCUGAUGGAAAGCAAGCACAUGUUCAACUUCACUCAGUUUCAGCAGCAUGUCCGUCAGAAGUGGAAUACGAAAACAGCAAAUAACAGAAAUCUGAAAAUG